AUGGCUACUGCUGCAGUUCAACGCGUAGCGCCUCCAGUGCUGAGGGGCUCUGUAGACGAAUGUUUUCCAGAUGGACUGGCCCAAAAUGGUGGAAGGAUUCCCACCGAGCGAGUUGGGUUUCUUAAGCCUACACCGGCAUCACUGUCGAUCGACGAAAUGAGGCAGCGACUUAAACAGGACGGCUAUCUAUUUGUCAAGGGACUCAUUCCCCGAGAAGAUGUUUUAGAUAUGCGUGAGAGCUACUUCCGCCAGUAUGCAUCUACCUCGCUUCUGGAACCUGGAACCUCACCUCGAGAUGGAAUCUUCAACUCAUCUUCACACCCCGAUGCACACAAGGGAAUUGGUGGUUCAGGCUUGCCAGUCGAUCCAGUUGAAGAGAAGGUUCUCAUAGAUGCCCAUAAAGACCCACAUUAUCGUGCUUUCGUUGAGCAUCCGGCUUUGACUGGGUUCAUCAGGAAAUUCAUGGACUGGAAGGAACACCGAAUCUUAGAUCGAACAAUGCUGCGUCACAAUGUGCCAUUCGGUCUGGGAACUGGUAUCCAUUAUGACAAGCUGUUUCUGAGAGGGGGCGAAGGCUUCUUUUUGACUGCUUGGGUUCCGAUUGAACCGGGUCGUUCAGGUGAUAUUGCUAUUAAUGGAGGUGGUCUUUGCUACCUCGAGAACUCUGUGCCACUUGGUCGCCAUGUUGAAAAGGAUUACACCAAGCGCGCCAAAGAAUUUACCGAGGAAGAGCGCAUUUCCGCAUUCAAUGUGAACAUGCUUGACGGAGGCAUGAUCGCAUCAUCUCCUCAAGAUUUCCAAUCAAUGCAUUCCGAGCAUGGGGAGCAUAAGUGGCUAGUUACCAAUUACGAAGCCGGUGAUGUUGUCUUCCACGACCCAUAUAGCAUUCAUGCCAGUGGGCGUAAUGAAGAUAAAUCGGGUAGUAUUCGAUUGAGUUCGGAUCUGAGGUUUUAUGAUAAGAGUGAUCCCGGCAUUGACCAGCGGUGGUACAGAAUUUGGGCCCCGGGUGACGGACUUUGA